GAUGAAGUAUCUUCUUUUUCAGCUUCCCUUCUUCUUCUUCCCCCCUUCCUUUCUCCUCUCCCAUGUCCACACAGCCCCUUCCAUCUCUCCCAUAAGCUCAACAACUUAAGAUCAGAUAUAUCAGAGAGAAAGAGAGAGAGAGAGAGAGAGAGAUAGCACUGUUGAAACCCUAAGUUGCCUGUUUUUGACGUAGCUGGGAGUAUCUGUAAAUCGGCUUUUUCGUUGUAAAAGAACGGGAAAAAGGAAGAGAAUAUUGAGAAGAUGGGCUCUGUGAAUUCGAACAACUGGCUUUCGUUUCCUCUUUCGCCGAAUCAGUCCUCUUUACAAGCAAAUCUGCAGGCAUCUCAGUCCCAUCAGUUCUCAUUAGGGUUAGUCAAUGAACCCAUGGACAGCCCUUUUCAAACCCAAGAAUGGAACUUGAUGGCGGCUCACGGGGGAGGCGAGGUCCCAAAGGUUGCAGAUUUUCUGGGGGUCACCAAGUCGGCAGAGAACCAAUCUUCUGAUCUUGUGGCCCUGAAUGAUAUUCAAACAAAUGAUUCUGACUACAUGUUCUCGAACAGCAGCUUGGUGCCGGUGCAAAGCAGCAUAGUGGCCACCUCAAGCAAUUAUGAGUACCCUGAGAAUGUCGGCAAUCUACAAUCACUGACCUUGUCUAUGGGCAGUGGCAGCAAGGGUUCUGCUUGUGAAACCAGCGGGGAUAACACUAAUAGUCCGAACACUGCUGAAAAUGCUCCAAGAAGGACCUUGGACACGUUCGGACAAAGGACAUCAAUUUAUCGUGGUGUGACUAGGCAUAGAUGGACAGGGAGGUACGAGGCACAUCUUUGGGACAACAGUUGUAGAAGAGAAGGACAAUCAAGGAAAGGUCGACAAGUUUACUUGGGCGGGUAUGACAAGGAGGAGAAAGCUGCUAGGGCAUACGAUCUAGCUGCACUUAAAUACUGGGGGACUUCUACCACCACCAAUUUCCCCAUUAGCAACUAUGAGAAGGAACUAGAGGAAAUGAAGCACAUGACUAGACAGGAAUUUGUGGCAUCGAUUCGAAGGAAGAGCAGUGGCUUCUCUAGGGGUGCUUCCAUGUAUCGUGGAGUUACGAGGCAUCACCAGCAUGGUCGUUGGCAGGCGAGGAUUGGAAGGGUUGCAGGAAAUAAGGACCUUUAUCUGGGAACUUUCAGCACUGAGGAGGAAGCAGCUGAAGCCUAUGACAUUGCAGCGAUAAAGUUCCGAGGCCCGAGUGCAGUAACCAACUUUGACAUGAACCGCUACGACGUGAAGGCGAUCCUCGAGAGCAACACGCUGCCAAUAGGAGGCGGGGCUGCCAAGCGGCUCAAGGAGGCCCAGGCGAUCGAGUCCUCCAGGCAGAGGGAGGAGAUGAUGGCUCUCAGCUCGAGCUUUGGUUACGGGUCGGGAACGGGAUCAGGGGCGAGGCUUCACCAUCAGGCUUACCCACUACUGCACCAAUCUUAUGAGAGCCCACAGCCUCUGUUGACCCUCCAGAACCCAGAGAUAACCCAAUACACCUCGCAGCAAGACCCGAACUCGUUUCACAUCCAUUCUGGGACUGCUUAUAAUUUGAACUACCCGUCGAGCCAAAGCCAGUACUAUAGCAGCUACAUUCAGAGCAACCCGGCCAUAUAUCACGGGCUGAUGAGCCAUGUGGGUUCCUCAUCUGUCAUGGACACUAACAAUACUGGAAGCUCCAGUGGGAGUUAUAGUGGCGGUGGUGGUGGAAGUGGCGGUGGGUACUUUGGUGGCGGGCUAGGUUUGGCACCGAAUACUGGUCCUGGGAACGGGGAGGAGCAACUGCCUAUGGUUAAGGUCGAUUAUGAUAUGCAACAGCCAGCGGGCGGGUAUGGGAGCUGGUCCACGGACUCCGUUCAGGGGUCAAACACCGGUGUGUUCACGAUGUGGAACGACUAAUAAGAUGUCCGAAUUCGGGGACUUCGUGCAGUGCUGACUCUAUGAUUGAAUAACAUGAUCUAUCAAUGUCGAUCUAUAAUAUCUGACAUGGAGAGUGUAUCUGAAGGGGUGGCUCGAAGGGGUACGUAGGGGGGGCAGCUUAAUUACUACAAAAGUCCUUUUUUCUUUUCUAAUUUUAUAUUUAAUCGUCUAAGCUACCUCUUUUACAUUAUUAAUUAGGGUUUUGGUUUAUGAUUUUCCUGUGGAGGCAUACUUUAUUUAGGGAAGGGAAUCAUUUUCGGGAAAUAAAAACUCACCCGACUCAAAAAUAGCAUUUGCAUAUGGGUUCCAACAAAAGCAUGGACCCAAAUUUUGUAUACUGUUGAUCCAAAUUCAGUUUUGGAUCCAAAUGCUAUAUGAUAUCUAACUUAAGUUUGUCCA